AUGAAGCGUCUUGGUGUCGAUCCGCCAUGUGGAGUUCUCGAUCCAAAGGAGGCUGUUCUCUUGGCUGUUUCCUGUGAUGCGUUCGCUUUUGGACAGGAGGACACGAACAACGACCGUAUCACCGUUGAAUGGACCAACACGCCGGACGGUGCCGCCAAGCAGUUCCGUCGUGAAUGGUUCCAGGGAGACGGAAUGGUCCGUCGCAAGAACUUGCCCAUCGAGUACAACCCAUAA